AUGGCGGUAGACCGAUUUGGGGAAAACGCGUGGGCGAUGGUUCACGCUGGUGAUGUGAAGGAGCAGUCGUCGGCAACAUCCUCGCACGCUGUCGAAGCCACCAUCAAGAAGGACGAACCAGAGGAGCCUGUUGCCGUCCCUACACCUAUCGGCUGCUGGAAGGUCAUCUCGCCUGAGGGCCGAGAGGAACACGUCUUUAGGCCCAUCCCUGGCUUCGAACACCUGUGCAACGGCCCAGCAAAAUCGCAGGGAGUAGCCCGUCUGGCAGAUCCGCCCAAAGCCAUUCCUACACCAGUCUACCAGUCUGCCGUGGUCCAGGUACCGGCUACGUCGGGAGAUGUUCAGCCCAAGAGCCGGAAGAGAGCUCGGUCGCGCGCAGGGGAACCGCGUCCAGGAGCAGCUCAGCACUUCAGUGAAGAUGGAGACGACGAGCAGUACGACGAUAGAGAUGUCCCUGUGGCAACACAGAAGUCUUACACCUUCUACAUUGGCGAUGUCAAACCGUUGAUGGGCUUCUUCCACCGAAGACUCGAUGAGCUCACCAUGAAACCAGUGCGGCCCAUCGUCACGGCUUGGGUCAAGCAACUAGAGCCUAAGCGUCUCAGCCUGUACGGGCCCUACCACAAGAAGCUGCCCAAGGAGCAGCCCUCUGAAUGCACCCCACCUUGGUGGCCCCACGAUGUGCCCUACGAAGAGCCUUCGCAUCUGGAUAAGGCGGGCCUUUUGAAACUUGCAGUCGAUCUCAUGCUUCAGCACCGCAAAAUCGACGAGGCCAAGCGUAGAAGUCCAUGGGUCGCCAAGCUCAAACACGCCGCGCAGUAUGCCGUUGAGACCACGCCGCCAGACCAGUUCUCCUCGUCGAAAGGAUCCAGAUUCAGUGAGCGGAUGCAAGGCCGAGCCCUAUCCGAGAUUCUACCGAACCUCUUCGAUAUUGCGCAAUUAUACGAAGAUCACAUCUUCAACUACAACCUCUUCGAAGGCACAAACAACCAAGACCCCCGCAGAGGGACGCAUGUGACUUGGCAGCCAUUAACGAGACCGCCACGCCAGCAACCCGUACCUAGGAAGCGCUUCCGACGGGCCAGGGCUACUCCGCCUCCGAGGAUAGAGCCCGACGCCGAUGUAUCUGGCAACGAGACCGAGGUUGACAACACCGCGACUGAGUCGCACCUGCCACGGGAGGAGAAAGCUCGGCGACCUCUGACAUCCCAACAGCAAGCGCAAGCCCCCGUUCGAGGACCGGCAAUAUCUCAACCACAACACAUGCAUCCAUGCAGCUCUACUACGACGCCCAACACCUCUUUUGGUCAGUCGAUGCACUCUCUUCAUCUAGAUGAGGACAUGGACCUAGACGUCAAGGUGGCCAACCACACACCGUUUCAUAACCAGUCCCGCGGUCAGAGCGACUUGCAAUGCAGCCAGCCAAUGCAGUAUUGUACUAGUCAUUCGGGCUACCACCAUGUACCGCAGUCACGACAGGUUCCUGGCUCAAACAACGUAGUUCCAGUGUCUGCAUCAGCAUACCACCAGCCAUUCACCAUGUUCGACACACCGUACCAAGACGAGAGUACCGCUUUCAGUAGCAAUACCGGAUAUCCUUACGAGUAUGACAUGUUUGUCCCGUCGUUCUUCGACGGCCUACCGCACUUGUCCAGCAUCAGCUGUGAGUCGGAAGGCUCUCAUCAUUAA